UCUCCGCUCCAGCCCCACCAAUCUUGCUCGUCCAGGGUUUUAGCCGCCGCCGCCACCUCCCCCCAGCGCAGAGAGAGAGAGAGAGAGAGGCCAACGCCAUGGUGCAGCGCCUGACGUACCGGAAGCGGCACAGCUACGCCACCAAAUCCAACCAGACCAGGGUCGUCAAGACCCCAGGAGGGAGGCUUGUGUACCAGUACACCAAGAAGAGGGCGAGCGGGCCGAAAUGCCCAGUCACCGGCAAGAAGAUCCAGGGGAUACCGCACCUAAGGCCCACUGAGUACAAAAGAUCUAGAUUAUCUAGGAACAGGAGGACUGUGAACCGUCCUUAUGGUGGUGUUCUAUCUGGUCAGGCUGUUAGGGAAAGGAUCAUCCGUGCUUUUCUUGUCGAGGAGCAAAAGAUUGUGAAGAAGGUUUUGAAGAUCCAAAAGACCAAGGAGAAGCAAACAUCAAAAUGAAAUGAUCAAACUAGUACCCAUUUUUUAGGAAGAUGGUGAUCGUUGCAUAGUCGCUUGUUCAGUAUGCUAAGCUGGUGGUUCCUGAGUUAAGCUAGAGAUUUCGAUCAAUUUUCCUUGUUCCAAAGGGUGGAAAUCUGGAUAUCGUUUCUCAUGUUCAGAUUCUUGUGGUUGAGUACUCAAGAGUCAUAUAUCCAAAGUAUUUUGACA